UGCCAAAGCCUCUUCCCCUCCCCCCUCUCCUCUCUCUCUGCUUGCCUGCCUCGUGUGUUGACGCCCCCCCGCAAGUACGAGACAGCGAGCGGGCGGGAGGAGGAAGAAACAAAAGGCAGGCCGUCCUGCCGCCGCGAGCUCGCGGCAACACCACCACCACCAAGGCGCCAACCACCACGUCAAUCUGUCGAGACUUCAAUUGGCGAGGACAGAAGUGUAAAGGCAGGGGUCUUUGCAGGGCCGUGCAGCGCUCCUGCCCGCGCCGCCGGAAUUGGUGGCCGGAGAAGAAAAGCUGCCACGGCAGCGGGCGGCGGGAAGGAGGAGGAGAGGCGUCUCGAGGAUUGCAGGCAAUGCCCCUGUCGCGGCACACGGUCGGGAACGAGUUCGCGCUCGGCGGCCGCGACCUCUACCGCACGGCCGACCAGCACGACCCCGAGGCCGUCCUCGAUGGCGUCGCCAUGGCCGGCCUCGUCGGCGUCCUCCGCCAGCUCGGCGACCUCGCCGAAUUUGCUGCACAGGUGUUCCAUGGUCUGUAUGAUGAGGUGAUGAGCACGUCUGCGCGAGGGCACGGGCUCAUGCUCCGAGUGCAGCAGCUGGAGGCGGAGCUGCCACUGCUUGAGAAAGAAUCCUGCCAGAGAGACUACCUAUAUGUUGUUUCUAACAGGGGUGUUGAUUGGCAUUUGAAUCCGAGGGUGGAGCAUGGGGUUGUGACAAGAGGCGACAUGCCUCGCUUCAUCAUGGCGUCCAUCAAGCGGUGCCACGGGCCUCCCAAACUUUUCAUGCUUGACAAGUAUGAUAUCGGUGGCGAGGGUGCGUGCCUGAAGAGAUACACUGACCCAUCGUUCUUCAAGAUGGAUUCCGCAUGUUCUACCGCACUGCAGGAAGGGAUUCAAAGUGAAAGAAGACCUCUAAAAGCCAUGGAGAUCAGGCCUAACCUUCAGAAUGGCGAGAUUUUCCGACCCCCAAAUGCAGCUGACACCGCCUCCAAAUUGGAGGCUGAUUUGUCUGGUGAAGCUAUGGAUGAAGUUCCUAUAAAUCGCAGACGACUGAAGUACCGACAGUUAAAUGGAUCUGUAUUUCAAAGCUUCAGACCGCAUAUGCAGAAUCUGUAUGAAAAGGCUUCAUCAGAGGAGAAACCCCCUGCACUUGAUCAAUCAGAAGUGCGUAUCUCUAUGAUUGAUUCGCCUGACUCAAACACGGAAGAGAGAGACAUUAUGGUAGACACGUCCGUCAACAUGGACAAAGUCAAGGUCACUGUUCGCAAGAACAGAUCGAUUUCUGAAGAAGCACGUUCUUCAGAUGCUCGGUCAGCAGGAAGCAGCAAGGGAUACAACUCUGAAGUUGAUAUCUACGUGGACGCACUGACCACGAUGGAUUCUGAAGCAGAGACAGACUCAGAGCAAAGAGACCAUCGAGACCACCAUGCCUUUGCUCGGAUGGAUCCAGACAAUGCAUGCUCAGAUGCUCAAAAUGCUACAGCACCGCGGUCUAGCAGCUUUGAGAAGAAAGACUUGUCAGAUGUUGCCUCAACAAACAGAGAUAUGAGUAACCAGCAUGAAGAAGAAGCUAUUGUCUCCACACCACAGAUCAAACCAGUUGUUGGUGAACAUGAGAGGACUAGUUCGUUGGAGGAACUGUUUGAGCAAGAAAAACCAGCUUCUUGGGAUCAUGAGAGGAGUAGUUCCUUGGAGGAAUUGCUCACCGAAGAUUUCCAUGCUUCAGAAUCCGGCGAAAGAGAGCAAGCUACUGAAGAAACGGGUGGCAAUGGCAGUGCCACCAAUGCUUCAUCAAAUGGCAUGCAAGAUAUUACUAAGAAGAGCAAGGAAGCCAAGGAGAAUUCCAGCCUCGCAACCAUUUCGUUCAAGAAAAUAGCAAGCAAGAGGUCCAAGUAUGUCGGUGGUAUGGAGCUGAUUGCUUCAAAAGUUGGCAUUCUGCCAAGGAAACUCUCCAAGAAGCAUGACCCUUUCUGUGAUUCCCUCCGAAGCAUGGCGAAGCAACUGCUUGAGCUGAAGUAUGAUGGCACUCAAGAUAGUGACUUAUAUGACUUCGAAGCAAAUGGCGAGGGAUGCAAUGUCAAGUACCUGGAAAUGUAUGAUCCGCCUGUUGAAAUUAAGGAGAGUGCUGUGCACAAAAUUCCUUCAGAUUCACCUCAUGAUGAUGUGGGCUCAAGAAAGUGCCAGCAGGAAGAAUUGAACCAUGAGUCGGAGCAUGAUAUUCCACCAACUGACAGUCCACAUGAUUCGGUCCCUGAUGAUAGAAAUUUAUUUCAGGAUUCCAACAUUGUCACAUCACCCAGUUCCCAAGAGGAAGAAGGAUGUGCAAGUACUGCACCUGAUGAGCAUUCAUCUACUGGAGUGCUCAACCAUAUGUUGGAACAUGAUCAAGAGAAGUUUGAGGAACAUCCUGACAGGGAAGUGACCGAGGACACUGAUACUGAGGUUGUUUCAGAAAAUGCAUCUGAUACGGGUGAAGACUUGAAAGAAGAUAUUGAGGAAAGCAACAAAUCUGAUGCAUAUGCAUUGGAUGAUGAAACUGCUGAGUACAUAGAAGAGCAAGCAGUUUCAGAUGGCAUGAACUCCUCACCGGUUUCAUCCAAGCAAUCUGAUGAUCCUUGCCUGAUAACUCCACUCACUCUCGCAGAUGAAGAUGACACAGGGGCAUGUAAGAUCACCGACAGCUACACCCCUGAAGUGGAGCAUAUGACACUGUCAGAAACAUUCAUGGAUACUGAUCUAUCUAAGGUAGUAACCGAGUCAGUAAUCGACAGUGAAGAUGCCAUGCCAGAUGAUAAACAGUACUAUUUACAUCUAGAACCUACUUUUGGACAAGGUGCAGUUCUCAGCAGCUCCGAAAUUGUUGUCCAAAACGGUCAAGUGCCGCUGUGCAGCUCAUCCACGGUGGCUGUAACUCCAGAACUAACGGUAAACACCAAGGAAAAGCAUGAAUUGCAUCCAGUUGUGCAUCAAGAACCACCUAAUUCGUGCAACAGCAGUACUGAAGUUUUUGGAGAUCCACUAGCUCCUGACUCCAGAGAUGUUCCACCGUCGAUCAUUUCAAGCUUUGUUUGGAUGCUCAAUGGUCCAAUGCAGCAGUCAUUGAAUGUCCUUCCUGCUCAACCAACUUAUGGAAGUGCACAAGGAAAUGGUUCAUCUGAAGAUGCACCGCCGCUUCCCCCUCUUCCACCAAUGCAGUGGCGAACAAACAAGCUUCAGAUGGGGUCAUCACCUUUAUCUGCAAAGAUUGGGCGACCACCAAGGCCAAAACCUCCAGUAAAACACCAAGAAAGCGAAGGCAACUCUUCACUGGAUAAAAUAAAUGAAAAUGCAGAAAUUCUUCAGGAAAAUAGUCUGCAUAUAGGCUCCAGUUUGCAGAAUGAAAUGGUGCAGGCAACGGUUCCUGAUGAUCAUGAGGCAAAUCAAUUCCUUAAUAGGGAUUCUCAAGAAAAUCAUUGUGGAGAGGGAGAUAAAAAGCAUGAUGUUGAGGUUUCUAAUCCGCUUUCCUCGUCAGAAGUCGAAUGCGUGGCAGAAUUCGCUUCAGUAAAAAGUGAAAAUCUGCACAUUUCGCAGUCAAAUGAGCUUAUAGUUAUUCCAGAAGAGGCGUGGUCAGAUUUUGGGAAUAUAAAAUUUAUACCAGAACAAGAAGGAAAACACCAACUAAGCAAUGGAGUUUAUGGUUUCGGUGGCUUGUACGCUGCUGGUUUGUCAGCACAAAAGACAAACGAGAAGCAUGAAAUAGUUGUUGAUUAUAAGGAUAUGGAUUUCUCAUCUGCAGGUUGCAACAAAGCUGCAGAUUCAGAAGAAAAUAAAUCGAAUGGUGCUCCUAAACAGGAAGAUAUGCUGAGUCCUGGCCUGACAGCACAGCAGGAAAAAGGUGAACAUGGCAAUUCUGAUGACAAGGCAAUGGAGUUUUCCUCUGCAUUAGAAGAGGAACUGGCAAAAUCUCCAACUCAUCCAGUGCCAAAACCACCUAGAUAUCCUCUACUUCCAGUUACUUCUCAUGACAGAAGCAUGCUAAGAAAGGCUCCAACUUUGGUUCAACCUUCAAGUAAGCUUUCAGAUGAGAAGAACACAAUACUGGAGGAGAUAAAGAACAAGUCUUUCAACCUGAAGCCUGUUCUUGCAAAGAGACCAAGUGUGAUGGGUGGUCCAAGAACGAACUUACAAGUGGUGGCCAUCAUCGAGAGAGCCCACGCCAUUCGCCAGGCUGUUGCUGAUGACGAUGACGAGGACAGCUGGAGUGAGUAGCUGCUUCCUCUGAGCAAUUUGGCUCCUGGUAUAUUUUUCACGAGUGCUGUGCGCCUGUGCUGAUCCAAGCAUUCCUACACCUGUUCUUGUAUGGAACAAACGAUGGAAUGGAGAGUCAAGCUUUCAUGCAAAACAUUUGGUUUGGACCAAGCAAAGGGCAAAGCUCAUGGCAGUGAUGCCAGGAAAUGAAUCAAGCUACGCUAAGAGCAGUGUGCCUAUGUACUAGUAGUGCCCGUUGCGUUUUGAAGCGCGUCAUAUGUUUAUUAGUAUCUUUUGAUGCGCUAGCUUCCUGAAGUUUGAUGCUCGGUGAGGGCUGUAUAUUCCUAGGGGCUAGUGUGAAAUUUUUAUUUUUGUAUCUUGAUGAGUGUACAGAAAGAAGCAUGAGUGUUGGGUUGCCCUAUAAAAAUGUGAAGCAGCAGAGCAAGCAACUUCAGUGUAGUUUGUACGGAUCAUCUGGCAAUGGCUAUCUGGGAUUAUGAGGUGAGUUGUAGCCGGUGCUGCAGCAUGAGGUGCAGCCGGUGCAGAAAAUUUGGAUUGUGCAUGAAGAUGCAAUCUUCAAGCAUUGUUUACUAAAACCAA